AUGGCGAACCGCCAACUCACCCGGCGCAUCAUCACCAGCGCAGCGAUCUCACUAUGUCUAAUCUUCUUCCUCUUCAUCCGGCCACAAGGGCCUCCAAGCCCCGCCAUCCGCGCCCCAGGCCACAUCGACCACUCCGCGCCCGCGCCGGGAAUAAGCAUCCAAGAAAGCACCCUGAAGGGGGGCGUGGUGAUGCCGAAGCUAGGCAAUGCGACAGUCAAGGCUGAAUUGGGUCGUGCGACAUGGAAGUAUUUCCACACCGUCAUGGCGCGAUACCCCGAAAAACCCACGGACGACCAGAAGGAUGCCCUGCGCUCUUACAUCUACCUCUUCGCUAGGUUAUAUCCUUGUGGAGAGUGUGCUGAACAUUUCCAGCAACAUCUGCAGAAGUACCCGCCGCAGGUAUCGUCGCGGAAUGCCGCUUCCGGUUGGGGUUGCUUUAUUCACAAUGAGGUCAAUGCUAUGCUUGAUAAGCCGGAAUUUGACUGUGCGAAUUUGGGCGACGCCUAUGAUUGCGGUUGCAAUGAGGAGGAAGAGGGUAAGAGGGCAGAGGGAUCGGCGCCGCGGUCUGGUGCUGAUGCGGAGCGGGAUGGGCCGGCUGUGGAGAUUUCGAAGGAGGCGACUACGCGCGGUUGA